UUCAAAGUCAAGCUUGCCAGUGAUGGUCUGUACCAGCCUCCAUCGCACCACUGCACACAGGCAUCCCAUGAUGACACGACACUCAUGCGCUUUCUGCGGGCACGUCAAUAUGAUUUAGCCAGCGCACAGAAACAGUUCGCCGACACAGAAGCCUGGAGGAAACGACACGACGUCGAUAAUCUCUACAAGGAUUUUAAUGCUGACGAGAUGGAAUCAGCACGGAGGUUCUAUCCUCGUUGGACUGGUCGAAGGGACAAGCGCGGACUUCCGGUAUACGUCUUUCGAUUAGCAUCUCUAGACAACUCUCUGCGCAAAGAACUAGAUGCCCUUUCCCCUGAACGACGUUAUCAGCGUAUCAUCGUCUUGCAUGAGACGAUGACGCGCUUUUCCCUCCCGCUAUGUAACCAUUUGCCUCAUGAACCGCCCACACCCGUAUCCUCUGUCACAACCAUUGUAGACUUAGAAAAUGUCUCACUCUCUGCGAUGUGGGCACUGCGAAGCCAUCUACAGCAAGCGUCUACCAUGGGUACAGCGCAUUAUCCCGAAACACUGGAUACCACAGUUAUCGUUAAUUCUCCUGUGUUCUUCCCCACGGUGUGGAAUUGGAUCAAGGGUUGGUUUGAUGAAGGGACCCGACGAAAGAUUCAUGUACUGGGCAAAAACCCAGGUGACUUUCUUCGUCAGUUAAUCGCCACCGAGGACCUACCGGCAGUCUAUGGAGGUGAAUUGCCAUGGGUCUUCGAGGAUGAACCGUGCUUAGACAGAGAGUCUCUGAGGGUAGUUAAAGUGAUGCCCAAGGGACCGGCUGCAUUUGUAGAAGGA